CACACACACAUUAACAGUGGUGUAAAAUGGAGCAUAUUGACUUCCAGUGACAACAGACGCUUUUCUCGUGUGUGUGUGUCUAUCUCUCAGUGUGUGUUGGCACUUUGACACCCAAGCGCACAGUGCGCGCGCGCCGUUCCUUUCUGCGCCGCACCGUGCCGUGCUUUGCCGCUCAUUGCCUAUGUAGCCAAAGGGAAAGGCUUAACGGAUCGCACGCGGGCAGGCAGCGACGAAAGAAGAAGAAGAAGAAGGGGAAAAAAAACGGUUAAUUAAAUUCUCGUCUGCAGACCCUCUGCCGGUCGCGCGCAUUACUACUACAACUCCUCGCAGUGCUGCUGCCGACGGACUCAGAGUGACACACGCGCGCGCCAAAGGUGUGGAGGAGAGGGCACCCGCUUGGGACAAUGGAACCGAACCCGAGCCGUUAAACGGGUUCCGACGUACACGCACGCACGCACGCGCACACACGCUACAGCUGUGAGGGAGGCCAGACGUUUGGGGGGAGAGGAUAACGGCGACAUGGCGAAAACGGGCAAGAUCUGAACUUUGGAGGAUCCGCUGUGAGGAUUAUCGUACAGCCCCACUACCUGACCGCUGAAAGGAGGAACCGGAUCAGAGUUCGCAUCGGUGUAUCGAAGGGGAAAAGCCCUACGUUAUGGCGCGCGGUGACAGUCGUUUAGGGACCUGGCAGGUGCUACUGACCAUCUCACUGGUCAUCAUCCCCCUGUCUGCUCACGGGAGGCAUUCACUGGCCAGGCGCCAUCAUCACCACAACCAGUCAUCUGUCAACAAGGAGGCCUUGAACACCAGGAUGGUCCUAAGUGACGACUCGGCAGAGAGAGACCACCUGAUUGGAGCAGGUCUCGGGGCCAAACUCCCUCUCAGCUCCACCAAACGUCACCAUUCUCAUAAACACGCCCACCUGGACUUCGUAGAGGAGGACCCACCUGCGGUGGAGGAGCUCACCGCCGGUGGGGCGGGUCCGGACCAGCCAGGAAACCCCUUGUCUGAUGACGUCAUCACCGUGGAGUUCCACAGCCCGGCGCCAGAUGUCGUCCCCUCCGACUCUGCUCUGGAUUGGGCGAAAGCCCCCAAACCCCAGAAGCAGAAAGGUGGAGACCCCACCGCAUGGACGCUUUCUGACUUUUACGACUACCUGUCGCCUGAUGACGACCUCUCUGCGUUAGAUACGACCCCGGAGCCCGAGCCCACACCUUCGCCCCCGGCCGACAUGGAGGAUGAGAAUCCGCUCCUUGCCGGUGCUCCUGUUGUUCCUGAGAACGUGAAGCCUAACAAGGACAGCGGGCCCUCCUUACCCGCUCCUCCCAUGCCUGGGCCAGAUAAGGGCGAUGGGUUAGGCUUAGGUGGCGCCAUGGGGGCCGACGGCUGCAGGCUGGGCUUUGUACGCUCUGGUCCCGGGGUGUGUGUGUCUCAGUGUGACAUUGAACCCAAUUUCUGCUUCAAUAGAGGAGUGUGCACCGUGGUGGCAGGAAUGGGCGCCUUCUGCAGGUGCAACGUGCAGGACUACAUCUGGAACAAAGGCACGCGCUGCGAUUGGGCGGUCACAGAGUUCCAGGUGAUAUGCGUGGUGGUGGGCGUGGCCUCCUUUGUGCUCCUCCUACUCUUCAUGAUCAUCGUAUUCUUUGCCAAGAGGCUGCACCGCCUCAAGAACGAGAACAAGCGCCUUCGCAAACGCAGUAAGUACCGCCCACAGAGCAGUGAGCCGCAGACGGAUGGCCUCUCCGUUUCCACAACAGCCGACGGCUCGCAGCCAAACGUAAGGAAACUGUGCGACACCCCUCCGCCCGCCCCCCAAGCUCACACUCAAAACCUGGCGUACUAUGACAACAUUAUCUGUCAGGAUGAGCCUCAGAAGCAGGAGGACCCAGCAAAGUCACCGCAACCCAAAGAGGAGGGGUCUAUGAACAUCCUCAACUCUCAUUCCCCCAAGCACGAGAACAAUCGCCCUAUGUCUGUCGUCCACGACCACGGCCACACCCCCAACAACACAGAGGAAAAUGCAGAGGAUGGAGUCACUAUUGGCCUGGAAGUGCUCCUGCCCAAAGAGGCCAAGCUCCACUCAGACACCAACUCACCCCUUCAGUAUGACGUCUUCCUCUACAAGGUUGCCAACAAUGGAGAAUCCACAUCUCCCAGCAAAGCCCCUCCCACUCACAGUGCUAACUCAUACUCCAGCUCUCACCCAGUUCCCAAGUCACCCAAAUCGCCCAGAACACCUAACAUGCAAAAGUCGCCCAAGGUGCCUAAGUCACCCAGAUCACCAAGACACUCCAAGGAGCACCCAUGCGUUAACCGUGAACCCUUGUCUGGAAGGCACUCCUCACCUGGCCGUUACCCCUCACCCGGUCGCCACCCGUCACCGGUUCGUCAUUCCGCACCUGGGUGCUAUUCCUCCCCCACCUGCCAUCUGCCCUCCCACCACUCUCCCGCCCAGUACAAAUGCAUGCCCACCUCCGCUUCCACCCCGCCCCAGCUACGCAGGCCCAGAGGUCGAUCUCAAGCUCCCGGCUCAGAAUGCUCAAGGACCAGGAGAGAGUACCAGAGUGGAUACAUUCAUCCAUCCCCCUCCUCACCUCAUCUUACCCAGCCGCCUCCAUCACCAUCAUCCAGGGUGAAGUACAGCCCAGUCAGCACCCGAUCUCUGCCACCGCUCUCCUGACCUGGCCUCCACCCAGUCUGGCCCAGGCCUCCAUAAAUUCAAACGCACAGACAUAUAUCACAAUUUAAUCUAUCCAGUGAUCUGUCCAUCAUGGUUCUAACUCUUUUAUUUGUGAUUUAUAGAUCAUAUAUCCAUCCACCCAUCAUCCAUCUUUGUACCCUGCCUCCCCACAUUUAUACCCAGAGGAUGAGCACAGCACCUGGCCCUGGUCCAUGGAGCCAGAAACCUAGAACUGGGACAGCUCUGUAUACACCACACUCACUAAAACGCAGUCAUGGAUGCACCAAAAUGCACACAUAAAUCACUGUGUAGUCUCUGCAGCCACAUAUUCACUCCGUCAUGUAAAUAACAACCUCUCAAAGCUCAGGUUACUGCUCAAACAAGCACAAAAUGAACCACUACAUGUGAACACUUUCUCCUAGAAUGGUGCCAACAUCAGCGACUGCUGAGGAUAUUGUUCAUAAUGGUUUCAUAGGAGUUUACUACAGUAGCCUUAGUGUUUUCAAUGGUUUCUAUAAAUCUUUUGCUAUUAAGUGUAUAAGAUUAUUUCAUGUUUUCAAAGGCAUUUUUGGUAUGUUUUUCAUGUUUCUCAUCCUCAAUAAAUAGAUGAACAACACAAUGUGCAGCAUUGUCCUCUAAAGAUGGAGUAAGCUGAGAGGAA